AUGAUCCUCCUCCGUAGCACUUUCAUGCUGAGAAAGAUUUGCAAUAAAAUUCUCUCUGGGCGGCACAAGUGCGAGUGCCCUUUCAAAAAUGACGCGCGUCAUUUGCGGAUGUCUAACGGCCAGCGUGGCGCGGUACGCCCUGACGCACGCAUCCUUGAGCUCCAGCGCGGUGUCUUCAGCCAUGCGCUGUACCAACUGCUCGACAAACUGCAAAAUACGAUGGCUCCACAGCAAGCUCUCGAUGCCCGAGGGGGCCCAAAACCGCGGUGGGCUCUUGAGUUCCUUGCGUACCAAGUCGCGCAGUGA